CGUUCGACGAGUAAAGAUCACAGUGCAGAUCAAAGUCAAAAAUAAUACAAAUAUCAGCGAACUCUCAACGCUAAACACAAAAAUUUUGAUGUAAAAGAAGAAACACAAAAAAAAACUUGUGAACUUUUUAGUUUUUUUUUGCCGUCGUGAAGAAAAUAUCUCAUUUUGCUCGGUUUCUCAUAAGCAAAACGCAAACAAAACUAAGAACAAUAGACAGGCCGACAAGCAGCCGCUUAAAUUAAUAAACAAUAAAGUUUCGUACAACAAAAGUAUUUAAUGGAAUUUAAGUGUCAGUGACUCGAAAAACUUCCAAAAGAAAAAAAACUAUUGACAACCACAAGCAACAUCGGCAGCAAGCAGCAGCAACAGCAGCAGCAACUACACACUCAAAAAAAAAGCUAAAUAUAAACAUACAAACACACGCGCCCUGCUGUAUAAUCAGUCAAUAACAACUGGUGAUAAUAAAAGAACUUACAACAACAGCAACAACACCGACUCGACAUCGUCACCGACAAGAGAGAACCAGUAUAAAGUUCAACAUAUUAUACAGAGUAUAUAUGACAACGUAAAGUUGAUUUAAAACAAAACAAAGGAGCAGCUGAAAUCGUGCUGAAAUCAUUCAAGUAUUUUUGGCUAAUUACACGGCAUACAAAUGGCAGCCUACCUGGAUCCCACUGGCCAAUACUAAAGACCCAAAGACCCCAACGUUUUAACAUUUCUCUGGAGCCUAAGCACAUUUAAUUAAUUCCCACACAAUGGCAGCCUAUCUGGACCCCACUGGCCAAUACUAAGCAAGCAAACGUUGAUCUAUUCAUCAUAUUUCACAAAUUUGUCAUACUUCGAAACAAGAAAAGUCACAAAAUGUCGCUAGCUUUGGAUCCCACUGGCACCUACUAAGGCACCACCCACCAAGUGAAUAGCAAAAGUCAACAGCAGCCAACAAAGGCAGUCAAAUUCAAGAAGCAACAACACAAAAACAAAAAAUAUAUCAACAUGCUCGAUCUCGAUCCAACGGGCACCUAUCGUCGUCCACGGGACACGCGUGACACACGCGACAAGCAGAGGCUGGCACUGGAUCCUACCGGACAGUACUAGGUAAAAAAAAAAACAAACAAACCAUCAACCAACACAACACACCGCCUUUGCCUUAUCCAAAUAAAUUCUGGACAUGAUUGGGGGCGCGCGUUGGUUGCGCCUGCGUGGCCGUGAGGAGACUUCCAGCUGCCGGCGUCGAAGAAAGUAGAGUGAGCGGCCUCAAUCCAUCAAUCAGCUGACUGUCGUGAUUGAAGCUUUUGUAUUUAGUGUUUUUUUACUAUGCCUAAAAACCUAUGACUAUAUACAUAAAUUAUUUAUUAUUAUUAUUAUUACUAUCAUUAUUACCUAUUAUGAUUAAUUGAAUUCAAGAAUUAUUGUUCACAAGAUUGAAACCGUUCAGCGAUAUCCUAUCUAUUUACUAUAUACAACAUAUAUAUUUUUAUAUCGGUUUUGAAAAGUAUUAAAUUUAGUGUCAUAUUUAUGCGCCAAUCAUUUUUUUGAAACAAACAAAAGCAAAACUUCCUUUUUUUGUUGAGAACUUUCUUUCGAAAAUUUUAAACAUUUACACAUGUAAUUCAAUUUUUCGCAACGUGUUUAUCGUUUUGCUUUUUUUUAUUAUUAUUAUAUAUAUGUUAAUUUGUGAGAGAAUGAGAACGAAUAAUUAUUACAUAAACAAAAGAAAAA